CGCUGCUGACAUGGCUAAGAUCAAGGCCCGCGACCUGCGAGGGAAGAAGAAGGAGGAGCUGCUGAAGCAGCUGGAUGACCUGAAGGUGGAGCUGUCCCAGCUGCGGGUGGCCAAGGUGACUGGCGGAGCCGCCUCCAAGCUGUCCAAGAUCCGGGUUGUCCGCAAAUCCAUUGCCAGAGUGCUGACUGUCAUCAACCAGACCCAGAAAGAGAACCUGAGGAAAUUUUACAAAGGCAAAAAGUACAAGCCUCUUGACCUACGGCCGAAGAAGACUCGUGCCAUGCGCCGCAGAUUAAAUAAGUACGAAGAAAGUUUGAAGACCAAAAAACAGCAGCGAAAAGAGCGCCUGUACCCUGUCCGGAAGUUUGCUGUUAAGGCAUAAACCGUUUGCAUACUAUGGAUCUGUCAAUUAUAUUGGCCAGCUUUUUCUCAUUAAACAUCAAGUUGUUUGG